AACAUAUCGGGGCAGAGACGGGACGUUUGUGUGAGUGGUUGGAAAAGCUAGAUGGCAAGGUGGAAAAGAAAAUCGCUCGCAGGCUAUUUUCCGGAGGAAUUUUUAUUGGUGGGUCCGCCAUGUUGGGGCAGGGGUGGGGGUAGGCGGGGGUGGCAGGGGACGGUUGGCGAUUGGCGGUCGUCCGGGGCAACGCAUCCAUCCCUCCGUCCAAUAGGGCGAGGCGAGGGGAACCUCGUGCUCCUCGCCGCCCGAGCGAAGCAAGGGGUCGGAAGGGAGCGCUGGUUACAGGCAACAACCCCCCUACCACGGGCGGCAGCAGCCCCUUCUAAACGUUCUCUGCGUUUCCCCCCGCGGAGUCACCGGGAUAACUGCAUUUCGUGGACAGAAUCCCACAAGAACUCACGGCGAGCGGUCGCCCCUCUAACACGGCCGACUACUCUACCAUCGUUUCGGCUUUUUCCUCCACGUAACGCGUUACGUAGCACCGGCGACGUUUACCGAAGGAAGGGCGCGCGAGUCAUCCUCGACCGGCUUCCGUCCUCGUCCUCUCGUCCUUCCCGUCCUUCUCGUCUUCGCCACCGUCUUCUCUCUAGUCCCUUUGUCGUCUUCUUCGUCUCGCUCGCCUCGCCGCGUUGCCCGGUCCGCAUUAUCCGCGCGUCCUCCGGCCAAUCCUACCCACCAAUCUUUCCUACCCCCCCGCGCGCUUCUCGAUCGGGGCACGCGCCAUUUCUCGCCAAUUAUUUCGAUAUUUCAAUUUUCAAGGACGUACCGUGUCUCUGCGUCAUAUACUUACACCACCCGCCCCUCCUCCUCCCCCACCCCCUCCACCCCAGCUCUAACCCGCGCCUAAUUGCAUCCACGGGAUAAUAAGAUUUGAAUUUCGAAUCGAGGCCACGGUAGCGAGGUAACGUCCGCUCGCGAUUAACCGAGACGCGUUUCUCUCUACCCUCUUCUUCCUGUUCCCGACGACGAACCAUCGUCCACGUGCAUUUCUUCCUUCUCGUUGUCGUCGAGGAGGAAACGGUUUUCUUUCUCUCUCUCUCUUUCUGUCUUUUCUUUCUUUUUUCGUUUUCUUCCCUCUUCGCCCCCUCUUCGAUCGGCCGCUUCGUUGUUCUGGAUUCUGUUCGGGGAACAUUGUUGGGAUUUGUCGAACAUUUGUCUGGUGAAUCAUCGUCUACGCCCAAAUUUGGAUCAAAUUUUGGAAAUCGUCGAAAGUCGUACACGAGGAGAAAAGUAGAAUAUAAGUUGUCGUAUCCAUCCAUCUGAGAGCUCUGUCGCGACAUCUCUGCGAUCGUUACGAGUUACCAACCGGAAAAGGGGACAGUGAUCUCGUCGAUUUGUCGCAAGUAUUGGGACGAGUAGUAAGACUUAAUUGAACGAGUUCGAAAACGUGACGAAUUAUAUCGCAGUGCAUUUCUAGACGAUUCACCAAGAUAAUCAAGGAUUACGAUUAUUUUUGCAACUUUUUUGGGAGGAUGAGAAGAGGCUGUGAAUGUUGGCCGCGAAAUAACUGCCGAUAAUUAGCAAGGAUUUAAUCGAGAGUAACGUAGAGGGGGAAAGAAAGAAAGAAAAAAGAAAGAAAGAAAAGGAUUCGAACAACAAAGUUAAUUGAAACAGUGUCGUCGAUAUUGUGUUAAAGAAGUGAACAUUCUGAAUGUGUGUAAACAAAUAAUAAAAUUGUUUGUAAAAUUCAAAGUUACAUUUUAUAUCUACGAGGAAUAACAUUCAAGAUCCAAUUGAUCGAAAUUUGCCAAUCGUUCGUUGAAGUCGCCAGGAAAUCAACGUAUCCUCGAAUAAAUUCGAAUAUAUAGAAUCGAAUCGAACAUAUGAUUCGCUGAUUUAAUUCGAAGAAAACAGUUACAUUUUCACAAAAUAAAAAAAAAAAAUAAAUAAAGAAGGGAAACAUCCAAAAUCUGAUACACAAGAUUUAGAAAAAUCAGAAAAAUAUUUCUUUCUCUGUUUCUUAAAAGAAACCAAAAAAAUUCUGAUGGAGAUCUGAUAAAAUCGGGAAGGAUUUGAAAUCUGAUCAAAAAUCACUGGAAACCGAUCCAAUUGAAAUUUCGAAGAUCGCUUCUCUUUCCAUCGAUCGCUGCUGAAAGCACAGAAAUCCUCGGAUAUAGAUCGAAACUCGAACAGAAACGAGGAUAAAAGGAUAAAUCAAAAAAAGAAAGAUCAGUUCCUCCUCCGAAGAGGAACAUCGGAUGAUGUCCUGGUAGGUGGUGACAGAACGCGAGGAUCAUCCGGUUCGAGAGACCUCAACAAGGUCAACCCGGCAUCACCCUGGCUAACGACUUGUCUGGAGGUACCGGGGGUCCCGGUGCAGGCGGCGUCGGUUCCGUCGGGGGCACCUCCGUCGGCGGCGGUGGUGGCGGCGGUUCAUCGUUGCCGACGACCGCCCUCAGCCUCGAUCAUCAGCAGUUCAACAUAUUCCCGGCGAUUUUCAGCAGGCAGUUGAACUUUUCCGCGGCGGCUGCCGCCAACUGCGGCCAGAACAAACUGAUGGACGAGUUAAGGCCGAACCUCGGCUUGCUCGGUGUCGGCCUCGUCGAGAACGAGACAUUCCACUUGAACCAAGAGAAGAGAAAGUGCAGCAGCACGAGUUCGAACGAGCAAGAUUUCAGUCUUUACGGGGUGCACCAAGGCCUCGAGGCUAGCCCGCCGACACCGGCCGCGACGCCGGGAAGGAGCAGUGUUGGGGCUACCUCCACCGUUGGCGCGGAAGGAGCGUUUAAGAAACUAAAACCUGACCCCUGUGCUUCGAGUCCUCACAUAGGUCAUACGCCAACCACCGCCAGUUGUCCAACACCUGCUCGACGACGGCACAGGACUACAUUUACGCAGGAGCAGCUGGCAGAAUUGGAAUCGGCAUUCGCAAAAUCUCAUUAUCCAGACAUAUACUGCAGGGAGGAAUUGGCAAGGUCCACCAAAUUGAACGAAGCUAGAAUUCAGGUCUGGUUUCAAAAUAGAAGAGCAAAAUAUCGGAAACAAGAAAAACAACUUCAGAAGGCUUUGACUCCAAUUCCUGCUUGUCAAGGUGCUAUGAUGAGAAAUAUAUAUCCUGGUGCUAGCAGAGGUUAUCAACCGUAUCCUCAUCCUCAUAAUAGCAUAAAUGGAAUAAAUCGCUAUCCUCAGAUGGGCACGACGUCCUAUCCAAGUAUGACCCAGCCAUUUUCUAUGUCACAUUCAGCAUCAAAUAUGUCUGCAGUUACUGGUAUGAGACAAGAUGCAAUGGGAAUGUCAGCCGAAGAUGAAUGGUACAACAAAAGUAUUUCCGCUCUGAGAAUGAAUACGGCACAUCAUCCUAACCUCGCUGCACCAAUGCUACAAUAUCAAACAUAAUUGUAAACGUAUAUGGAAUGGAUGAUUCGACGAAAUCGUUAUGAGAUAUUAUAUUUGACUGCGUAUCUUCAUUCAGACAAUUGAAAACGUGUUGUCAAGAGAAGAAGAGGAAAAAAUUGUUUCAAAAAUACUAUGAAGCAUUAAAUUAAGAAAAAAAAGUGAAACGAAAUCAAAUUAAAUCAUGUGACAUUUUACACAAGAAAAAAA